CCAUCAAACAGAAAGUGAAUUUUACUUUUGAUUUGGGUACUUACUUCCUGUUUUCAGUCCGGGACUUUUGAGUUACCAGGAUGAAGUCGGACCAUUAUUGGUAACGGACAAUGUAUUGAAGCUGCAAAAAUCCAAACCACUUGGAGCGAAAACGUAGACAAGACAUGGGGGAGCAACCUGUGAGAGUCUUGGCAUGUGGGGAUGUUGAAGGCAGACUAAACGCCCUGUUCGGUCGAGUGCAGGCCAUCCAAAAGAAGACUGGACAGUUUGAUCUGCUGCUGUGUGUCGGAGAGUUCUUUGGAACGACACCUGAGGCCGAAGCAGAGUGGCAGCAGUACACAACUGGAGCCAAAAAAGCUCCGAUCCACACAUAUGUCUUAGGGGCAACAAGCCAGGACACGACAAAACAUUUCCCUAUUGCUGACGGAUGUGAGCUGGCUGAAAACAUCACAUAUCUGGGUCGGCGGGGUGUGUUUACAGGCGUGUCUGGAUUGCAGAUUGCCUACGUCAGCGGUCGGGAGGCUCUGCAGGAACCGGCACCUGCCCACUGCUUCACAUCCAAAGACCUGACGGCCCUUGUGACUCCACUUACCGGCAGCUCCAAGUUCAAAGGGGUCGACAUCCUGCUGACAUCACAGUGGCCUCGAGGGGUGUGGCACUACGGAAACAACACGGAAGUGGACACAAAGUCAUGUGGAAGCAGCUCCAUCGCCAGCCUCGCCGAUAAACUGAAACCGCGAUACCACUUUGCUGGACUAGAGGGCGCUCACUACGAGCGACUCCCAUACAGGAAUCACGUGAUUCUCCAGGAGAAUGCGAUGCAUGUCAGCCGCUUCAUCGCCCUGGCAACCGUCAACAACCCUGCAAAGAAGAAGUAUCUGUAUGCCUUCAACAUCAUCCCCAUGAAGAGCAUGGAUCCAGCAGAGCUGGUGAAGCAGCCGCAGGACGUGACGGAGAACCCGUACAAACGCCCCGGAAAAGACAAAGCAGAUGCGCAGAAGGCGACCUUCGGCGCCACAGAGGAGGAGGAGCCGGCUCACCAGUUCUUCUUCGACUUGAGCAGGAAGCAGGGCGGGGGCUCUCGGGGCCGUGGCAGGAAGAGACCCUCAGAUGGAGCCAGGUGGGGUGGAGACCAGCAGCAGGACGGAGACAGGCCCAAGCAACCCCGCCGCCACCCGCAGCCUUCUGGUCCCUGCUGGUUCUGUCUGGCCAGUCCUCAGGUGGAGAAACACCUAGUUAUCAGCAUAGGAACACAUUGUUAUCUGGCUUUGGCUAAAGGAGCUCUGACUCCUCGCCACAUGCUGAUCCUCCCCAUCGGACACUACCAGUCUGUGGUGGAGCUGGGCUCAGAGGUGGUGGAGGAGAUGGAGAAGUACAAGUCGGCCCUGAGGAGCUUCUACAAAAGCAAAGGAGAUCGAUGCGUGCUGUUUGAGAGGAACUACAGAAGCCAGCACCUGCAGCUGCAGGUGGUCCCGGUUCCACUGGAUUGCUGCGCCACAGAAGACAUCAAGGAGGCGUUCAUGGUCCAGGCUCAGGAGCAGCAAAUGGAGCUGAUGGAGAUUCCUGAACACACCGACCUUAAACAGAUUGCUCCUCCGGGGACUCCAUACUUCUACGUGGAACUGGACUCAGGGGAGAAACUCUUCUACCGCAUCCAGAAACAUUUUCCUCUGCAGUUUGGAAGGGAGGUUCUGGCCAGCGAGGCGGUGCUGAACAUCCCGACCCGAGCUGACUGGAGGGAGUGUAAACAGACCAGAGAGGAAGAGGAUGAGGCCUGUAAACAGCUGAGAGACGACUUCCAGCCGUUUGAUUUCGCCUGGGAAGACUAAACACACACACACCCGUUCAACCACAGCACUGGGAGGAAUGGUUUUUAAUGCAGUUUCUGGAUUUUGUAAACGAACAAUUAAACUUUUUUUUUUACGUU